ACUUAUGGUAAACAGGGGAAUUUUUGUGUUCAUUUGUUUCUUUUGGAACUUGUGCAUUACGGACUGAGAACCUAAGUUAGGACCUGCAGGGAAGCGCCGCUAACAGAACACUUCACAGAAUUUUGGAAAGAUCUUUACUUCAUUGUCCUACUCUAAAAACAGACAUGUUUAACAGUGGGCUGCUGCUUUUGAUCCUGGCAUGGAUGUUUGGGGGCAGCCAUGGGGCAGUGCAACCUACCCGUCCCAGACCUCCCACCAACACCACUGUUCCUCCCAACACCACCGCUGCUCCUCCCAACACCACCACUGCUCCUCCCAACACCACCACUGUUCCUCCCAACACCACCGCUGCUCCUCCCAACACCACCACUGUUCCUCCCAACACCACCGCUGCCCCUACCAACACCACCGCUGCUCCUCCCAACACCACCACUGUUCCUCCCAACACCACCGCUGCUCCUCCCACCACCACCGCUGCUCCUCCCACCACCACCACUGUCCCUACCAUGAAAAUCACUUCCAAGCACAUCUAUCACCACCACCAGCAACACCACCACCAGAAACACCACCACCACCACCACCAUCACUCUGACUUCCCCCAUAACCACUUCUGUCCCUGCACUAAUGGCGGUGCCUCUAUCCAAAGGCACUCACAGAUACAAGCUUUGGUUAUCACUGCAAGUUUAGCAGCUUUGCUUGCACUGUGAGGAACAGCUGCCAACACAUUCGAGCACGCUCGUCUACUCGAUAUUUCUCAUAAUGAUUUGUCACCCUAAUCAGAAUCUAUGGUUUGUAAAGAAAAAAAGUCAGUGAUGCUGACUUUAAAUUUUCACCUUAAAAUAUGUAUUUUAUUUUACUUUAUUUUAUCAUAUUACACACAGCUAAUUUUUUAACUGAUUGGAUGAUUGCAUAUUUUCAUUUACAUUUAAUAGAAUACAUGGUGUAUAUAUUAAUUGUUAGAAGUUGGUUUUAAUGACCAGAAAUAAUGAAUUUUGUUGUUGUUGUUCAGCUACCAAAAUGUCCACUGGCCCCAGCCCUGUACUCUACAAAGCUUGUUCAUGUGUCUGCCGAUCUGAAGCCUGGUGAGACCAGACUAUGCAGAGGUCGCAUUACCCUUGUUGGAUGUUAAUGUUUUCAAUGGCUUGCAUUAAAUUAAAACAAACAAAACGUUUGUUAUGCCACAAAUGUUUAUUUUCAGUGAAGUCUUUUUAAGUCAAUUUUACAAACUGGCUAAAAUAAAAAGAUAGCAUGAGUCGUCCCUCGCCACAUCAUGCUUCAAAUAUUGCGGCUUCACUGCAUUGCACGUUUUUAUAUUUCAACGCAUAUUCUACAUAUUUUGUGUGGCGCAUUAUGAAGCGUAAAAUACAACAACGGAGACCCCGGACUGUUGAACAACUUAAGCCGUACAUCAAGCAAGAAUGGGAAAGAAUUCCACCUGAAAAGCUUCAAAAAUUGGUCUCCUCAGUUCCCUAACAUUUACUGAGGGUUGUUAAAAGGAAAGGCCAUGUAACACAGUGGUAAAAAUACCCUUGUGCCAACUUUUUUGCAAUGUUUUGUUGCCAUUAAAUACUAAGUUAAUGAUUAUUUGCCAAACAAAAUUACGUUUCUCAGUUCGAACAUUAAAUAUCUUGUCUUUGCAGUAUAUUCAAUUGAAUAUAAGUUCAAAAGGAUUUGCAAAUCAUUGUAUUCUGUUUUUAUUUACCAUUUACACAACUUGCCAACAUCACUAGUUUGGGGUUUUGUAUGUUCACUUCUUGUCUGGUUACAGCACCCUGGCCUCAGGGCAGUUUCCCUCCCCUGUCCCUGAUUGGCAACCUGAGCACACCUGUUUGUGGUUGCCAAUCAGGCUUCUUUAUAAUUUAAAAAUUUAAAAUCACCCGUGACCCACACCACAUACUUCAUAGUGAAAUUGUGUUGAUGCCAAAUGAUAAAUGGUACAGAAAAAGCAAUAUACAAACUCAACAGGUACAGAUUUUCCUUUGUCCCACUGGCAAUCAAAGCACUUAACAACAGAAAACUACUGUAAUAAUAUUGGGAUAGUGCAAUACAGGGGGACUGUAAUGUGUGAUCUCAUAACUAACUGAUAUACCUGCGCACUGUUCACUGUCGUCACUGUAUUGUCGGAUGAACUGUAUGUAUAUAUGUAUGUUUGUAUGUACUGUAUGUAUGUAAAACGCUGUGUCUUGAUGUCCAAGACGAAUUUAUCCUCGGAGACAAUAAAGCUAAUUAUUAUUACCAUUAUUUAUUUCUCUAUUUUUGCUGUAAAGUGUUAUAAUAA